GAUGAGCCACUCGCACAGAACAAGCCACUCGUCCACAGACUACCCACAGCUAACCAACAAAUCGCCAUGUCAUUCUGAUAGUUGUGUUUUCAUUGCAAGAACCACAAGCUACUUACUAUACAGCACAGAAACGUCCAGAACCACCAACCUUCUUCAACUUGCCCAAGAUUAACUUUCGGCAACGACCUUACCCAGGAUGGUCUUUCCGGACGGCCCUUCCAACUUCAAGCAAUUUUCGCAGGGUCCAGUAACAACGUCCACCUCCUUGGUGGCUCUGACGUACAACAAUGGCAUCGUAGUGGCAGGCGACUUGCUGGCCUCAUACGGAUCCCUGGCCAGAUACUCCAACUGUCCUCGCAUCGUCAAAAUCAACAACAACCUCUUGCUGGCAGCAAGUGGCGAUUAUGCGGACUUUCAGUUCGUCAAAAAUUUAGUCGAGCAAAAAGUAAUCAGCGAAGAGUGUUUGGAUGAUGGGCUUCCCCUGAAGCCCAAGGCACUCUACUGCUGGCUGACGCGAGUCCUCUACAACAGACGUAGCCAAAUGGAUCCUCUGUGGAACAACUUCAUUAUAGCUGGUAUCCAGGAUGGCGAACCCUUCUUGGGCACCGUGGAUAAGCAGGGCACGGCCUACGAGGACAAAGCGAUCUGCACGGGUUACGGCGCUCACAUCGCCACCCCCUUACUCAGAGACGUUCUGGAUAAGACUCCCCAGCUGGAUAUGGCGGAAGCGCGAGCUCAGGUGGCGCGCUGCAUGGAGGUGCUGUACUAUCGCGAUGCCAGAGGCUACGACAAGUACCAGCAAGGCACGGUUGAUGUCAAUCAAGGCGUGGAAAUUCAAAGCCCGUUGGCUGUGACCCACAGCUGGGACAUCGCUUACUCUAUUAAUGGCUAUUAAUCUGUGAUUGAAAUUUGUUUUCAUGAUAAAGAGCGUUCUUUGCUUGAAAAGCCCGUUGGUUUGUUCCCCACUUUGUCAAGAAUGGAUACUUGUA